GGAUAAGUUCGGUACCACAUCACCACACGGCGCCAUAUUAGACAGACAUUAUACUGCUGCGGAAUACGGACCAAGUCAAGGAAAGGGAACGGUAUUCCAGAUGACAAGGGUACACAGGCCGCAGUAGUCUAUUCGCAAAACACUCGAGGGAACUGCUUUAUGGUUGACAACGAGUAAUUGAGACAAGCAUCUCGGGCAGCGCAGUCCGAGGCGUGUUGUUUUCGUGGUUGUUUAGCUAGCUAAGUUGCCGGGCAGACAUGACUUCCUUGGUUCAGCGGAGCUCGGGCCUCGUGCAGAGGCGGACCGAAGCCUCGCGCAACGCCGCUGACAAAGACCGUCCGUCCGGCGAGGAGGACCAUGAGCCCCGACGGGGAGACGAGCAGGACGAGGACGAUACCGGAGACUCCAAAGAAACACGUCUCACCUUGAUGGAAGAAGUGUUGUUGUUAGGGCUGAAGGACCGAGAGGGCUACACCUCGUUCUGGAAUGACUGCAUUUCAUCGGGGCUGCGAGGCUGCAUGCUGAUAGAACUGGCUCUGCGAGGACGGCUUCAGCUAGAGGCUUGUGGCAUGCGGAGGAAAGGUCUGCUGGCCAGAAAGGUGAUUUGUAAGUCGGACGCUCCAACGGGUGACGUGCUCCUGGAUGAAGCCCUAAAACACAUCAAAGACACCCAGCCGCCGGAGAGCGUGCAGAGCUGGAUCGAACUGCUCAGCGGCGAGACGUGGAACCCCCUGAAGCUCCAUUACCAGCUGCGGAACGUCCGCGAACGGCUGGCCAAAAACCUUGUGGAGAAAGGCGUCCUCACCACCGAGAAGCAGAACUUCCUGCUUUUUGACAUGACCACGCAUCCUCUCACCAACAACAACAUCAAGCAGCGCCUCAUCAAGAGGGUGCAGGAGGCCGUGCUGGACAAGUGGGUGAACGACCCCCAGCGUAUGGACAAGCGGCUGCUGGCGCUCAUCUUCCUGGCCCACUCCUCGGACGUCCUGGAGAAUGCCUUCGCCCCGCUGCUGGACGACCAGUACGACCUGGCCAUGAAGAGAGUGCGGCAGCUGCUGGAACUGGAGCCCGAGGGGGAGAGCCUGAAGGCCAACGCCAACGAGCUGCUAUGGGCCGUGGUGGCCGCCUUCACCAAAUGAGGCCGCCACAGCGGGGACAGCGAGCAGUCGUGGCAUUCAAGUGGCAUUGUGCUCUGGGGCAGGAAUCCGUAGUACUGACCCCAACGUGGUGACUUGACUGAAUUCCAGUUUACCCCCUGCCUGGACUUUUGGAAUGGGGAUGCCCUCUUUUCUUCUCAUCCCUCUCCCUCCUGUCGUUUUCUUUUCCUUCCAGAUAACAGUUCACCCUCCCCACCCCGCCCAUGUGUCGUUUGUGUUCACUUUUGCUAAAAAAAAUUAAUAACUCUCAUGGAACUUGGAAUCAAGUUGUUGGGGAUGAUAUGGGUGAGUCCAAAUGAAGAUGUUGGUUCAUAUCCUCUUUUAUUUUCUAUCAGGUCUAUCUUUCUAUGGAACUGUUUUCUUAGAGGUACGCUAUGUACGGCACAGAUUACUCAAGGCAGCAUCCUGACACGCCCGAGAAUAAAAUAACCAACCGCCAUGUACGUGUACGGAACCAUGUACAGGGCAGUGAUGCUGUAUAGGAAUGAAAGGUAAACUGAUGCUCAUGUCAAGUCUCUCAAAGUCCAAAAGGAUACCACCUACCAUGUGUGAUUCAAGUGUAUGGUGUCACAGCAUUCUUUGACUUUCAAAUCAAGUACUGGGAGAAAACUAAUGCGAUCAGAUCUGAAAGUCUGAGUCGAUUUGAUGCCUCUUAAUCCAUCCAUUACACAUAUUAUAUAUAUACUUGCUUAUACUGUGCAGGGAUGCCAGGGGGCUGGAGACUGUCCCAGCUCUCACUGGUCAGGGGAGGGGGGGGGAGGGUGUACACCCUGGACACUUUGCCAGUAUAUCACAGGCCUGACACGGAGACAGACAGCCAUUCAGUUUCCAGUUCACCUGACCUGCAUGUCUUUGGACUGUGCGAGGAAAGCCAAUGCGGGGCACUUUGGGGGGGGGGGGAGAAAAAAUAAAAAUAUCCUAGCUCCACACAACUGCCUGCUGGAUUCGGAUUGAAGAUUUCCAUGGUGCGAGGCAAAAGCGCCAACCGCUGAGCCACCGUGCUGGCUUACAUUCCAUCCCUUCUGGCCUAAAUAAUAAUUUUUUUUGUACAACAGGACAAUAAGCCUGCACAUGCAUGGACACAUACGUUCCCUGCAAUAUGGAGUGGGGAUUAUCACUUUACUUAGACCUCUACCACGUUGAAUAUUUUGGGUGAAAACCUUUCAAAUGAAAAUCCAAAAGAUGGAGAACAUCAUUAGACAGACUUGUUUAGUGCAUUGGGUAAAAUAGUGCUGGAAUAAUAUAAAUCCUAUCACUAAUGUAGAAUGGAUGGGGCUGAUAGAAGUACAGUGUGUGGUGAUAGGUGAUGCUCUUUAACAUAUCCCCUGGCCCGUAGUGUUUUAUUCGCAGUGAAACAUGAUUUUUGGUUUGUAUCUCAUCUAGAUGCAUUGUCAAAAUGUGUGCAUGUUGAAUAUAACCCAGGUUACAUUCAGAAUUCCAGUAUGUAAUAUCUGAAUGGUAACGGUCGAAAGCAAACGCAUCUAGGUGCAAAAUCAUCUCCUUGAUUAAAAACAAAUGGCUCUAAAAAUGUGUAAUUGAUAGGAUUUGGUAGCGUCGUCUAACACAGCGGGGUAAGAAACCUUUUUGCGGUAGUGGCUGUUGAGGAUCAAAUUGAAAUAUUGUAGUGGCAGAACCAAACUCAGGAAAGCAGACCCAAUCAAUGCCAGCUGCCUUUUGUUAGCAAAAUUCAAAUAGACAUAAUUUUCACUUAUUAGUGAAUGCCAAUAUAAUAAUCACAAAUGAAAUAAUCCAUGGGUCUUUAAUGCAGAAAAAAUGCAUUUCUGAUCUUCUCCUCAGCUUUUGGGUUUGUGUGUGCUACCCAAACUUGAUUUCAGAAACAAAACUCCUUCAAGCCAUUCACUUGAGACAUUUUGUGAAAACUACGCUCAUGAAUGUGAAUUUCAACUUUUCUCCAGGACAUGGAUUGGUCUAGGAUGUGUACAUGAUCACACACACACACACACACACACACACACACACACACACACACACACACACACACACACACACACACACACACACACACACACAACACACACACAGAGAGAGAGUUUUGGGAGCUAUUGUAGAUGUUAGAGCUCGGUCUACUGCAGACAACAAAUCCAAUCUUUGAGUCAAGUAGUGGACCAGCCAGCACACAAUAUAUCCUAUGGAAAUCAGACAGCUUUAGAGUUGUUGGAAGGUGUAAUUUUGACUUAAUGGAGCUAUGCUAGCAGUUUCCCCCUGCCUCCGGACUUGAAGCUUGACAUAACAUGUUCCAGACCUAUCGUUGUCUUGGAUGCAAAGAGCUGAAAUGGAUGUUGAUCUUCUCAUGUGAGUGUGGGCUUGUGGCAAACAAGUGCAUUUCCUAAACUCGUCAGCGAUGCUUAAAUGUGCAGACAGUUUGCUUUACGUUGCAGCAACUUGUAAAAUAAAUCCAUUGUACUCCCUUAACUUUGAAAACAAUCUGAUGGAUUCUCUAACAACUUUUAAGACCAAAGUCUAAUCCGAAUAAUCAAAAGAUGGGCUCACAUUCCAGAUGUUGUGUGUAAUUGUAUUUGUAUCAGGCACAAAUUUCAAAGGACAUCUUGUCACAGUAUCUUUAAUGGUUCAUGCUGGUCGUGCUCUAAAACAUUCAUCAAAGCCUUUUUCACCGUGAACCAUACCUUGCUCUUAAUUUCAUAUUGCCUCAAUUUUAUAUAUUUUGUUUUCACACUUGUUUAGCUGUUCUGUGCUUUAACACAACUUUUGCUACGGCGCCUCAUGGAUCUCAUGAAAGACAUUGCUUUAUGACGGACAGCCUCCCUCUGGUAUCGUAUGUAGCAAAGGGCGGGGGAGUGAUCAGUCAGUGGAUCCUUGCAGAAGAAAAAGAACUGACCAAGAGGUUUAUGCAUCAGAAAACCCCUCAAACUGCAGAGUGAAUAUAAUAGAUUAUAUAUGUUAUCUAAAUAAAGGGACCUGUAGUCUGUGUACUUUCUUUCACCCUAGAAAAUAAACCAAGAGCUUGGAAGUGCCUAAUCAUA